AUGGCCGGCUCGGUUGAAACGCCAACAAAGGUCACGGCAGACAGCGGCGCUGAAUCGCCCACGACUGCCAGACCGUUCGAAAUGGAUGACGAUGAUGUCCAGGAGACCAGCGUGAUUGGCAGUGGCUCCGAGGCCGCCGAGGCUACUGCUCCUGCUUCCGCUCCUGCUCCCGCCGCUGCCGCCGCCGCCAACGCGACAACGUCGACGACGGCUACGACUCCGCCUGCGGCCUCUGCUGGCCCAGCCGCUGCCGCUACGGCCACGUCGCCUAAGCCAGCGUCCAUCGAGGCCGGUGACGAUGAGGUGCCCCCUUCCAAGCCCCCCCGGCCACCGACCGAGGCUCAGAAGAACGAGAUGAUACUCAAGGAGGCCUUUCCCGGCGUGGACGCGCCCGUCAUCAAGGCUGUCAUAUCUGCCAGCGGGGGUAACGUGGAGCGUGCCUUCAAUGCCCUUCUCCAAAUGACCGACCCCGAGGCAGCCAACAAUGAGCCCCAGCAGGAGCAAACAGACGUGCCGCCGCCGCGCCCUCCCCGCCCCCAGGGACGUGCGGAAAUGUCCCAGCUCGAGGCCGACGAACUGUAUGCGCGCCAGCUGGCAGAGCAGUACGACAACCAGGCGGGCGCGUACGAGGCGCGCACGGCAGCGGCGAACCAGCGGCACCGUGAGGGCGUGCGAGCGGGCCACCGGCGUCAGGCGUCCAGCUACGACGACGACGGCGACAGGGAGUACAGCUUCAUCGAGGACGAGCUCCCCGUCAUUCGGGACCAGCUCCGUCAGGGUUUCGUCGAGACGCAGACAAAGGUUAACGGGUGGAUCAGCACGCUGAAGAAGCGUAUCGAGGAGUCGUUUGACGAGAGCGAGGACCCGCACCACCAGCAGGAGCACGGGCAGCAGGGGAGGUACCGCCACGGCGGGGAGCCAUCCAACAGGAGGAGCGGAGACUAUGAUGCCGAUCCGCAGGUAUUGGGGGAUGACUUUGCGGGUAUACGCCUGUCGGCUGAUGGGAGACCGUACCGCCACCCGUCGACAUCGCCCCGGUCCAACUCGGGACGCAGGGUCGGAUUCAAGGACGAGCCCGAGGAAAUCAACAUGUAUGAGAGGUCGCCGCCCGUACCGCCCAAGGACUCUUCGGCCACGGCGGGCGGCGCCAAGGCGAGCAAGUGGCAGCCUCUGUCGUCGGUCGAGCCCCACCCCAUUGGGGAUAACGACCCUUUCAGCCUGGGCGACAGUGACGACGAAAAGGACAACAGCACUACCACCAAGGACGCCGCGACCAAGGACGUCAGCAGCGCGGCUGCCAAGGAUUCGGAUAACAUCGAGAGGCUGAAGAAGGCCGCUGCCGAGGCCAUGUCGGACAAUCUCGUUGACGAUGGCGACAAGACCAAGGCCAAGACGGACAACUAG